AUGCCCGCAACAGACUUCCUUGGUUCAUCUCCUGCAUCGUUAGCCCAUUUUGGCCGGUCACUUCUCAGUCUUCGUCGCGAACAGGUUCACUCCAUUUCCAUGGAAGGGUCAAGCUUGGAGGCUGAGCUGGAAUCCUUUCAGCAACACGUCACUGACCGGUUUUUGGAACUCUCUUCUGUUGCUCAUGAUAAUUUGCUUUCACUCUCGUGGGUUGGAAAGCUUCUUGAUUGCUUCCUCUGUUGCCAAGAGGAAUUCAGAACCAUUGUCCGCACCCACAAGGCACAGGUGUUGAGACCCCCGUUGGAUCGCAUGGUGUCUGAGUACUUUGACCGCAGUGUGAAGGCUUUGGAUGUUUUUAACGCCAUUCGUGACGGGAUUGAGCAGAUUCGCCAAUGGCAGAAGCUGAUGGAGAUUGUCCUCUAUGCAUUAGGGCAUCAGAGGGGCAUUGGAGAGGGCCAAUUUCGAAGAGCUAGGAAGGCCCUCAUUGAUUUGACAAUUGGGAUGCUUGAUGAUAAGGACUCCAGUGCUUCAAUUGCGUAUAGAAACCGGUCCUUUGGCCGCAGCGCUGGUAGUAGAGAUCAUUAUCAUAACCAUAGUCAUGGUCACAAUCAAAGUAGCAGUAAUACCUUUCAUCAUCGGUCUUUGGGGCAUUUUCGAUCGCUUUCAUGGAGUGUUUCUCGGACUUGGUCUGCUGUCAGGCAGCUCCAAGCAAUUGGGAACAACAUUAAUCCACCUAAGGCAAAUGAGCUGGUGGCUUCUGGUGGCCUUGCAAUGCCUGUGUUCAUCAUGAAUUCGGUCCUGUUGUUUGUUGUGUGGGCUCUGGUGGCUGCUAUUCCGUGCCAGGACCGCGGGUUACAUGCCCAUUUUACCAUUCCUAGGAACUUCUCCUGGGCUGUUACAUUGCUCUCGCUUCACGAAAGGAUCAUGGAGGAGUCAAAGAAAAGGGAGCGCAAAAACUCCUGUGGCUUGCUCAGGGAGAUUCAACAAAUGGAGAAAUGUGCUAGAUCGAUGAAUGAAUUGUCUGAUUCUGUGCAAUUCCCGUUGACAGAGGAGAAAGAACAGGAGGUUAAACAGAUAGUGCAGGAGGUCUCACAAGUUUGUGAUGCUUUGAAAGACGGGCUAGACCCUUUGGAGCGCCAAGUAAGGGAGGCUUUCCAUAGAAUUGUUCGUAGUCGAUCAGAGGGGCUUGACUCUCUUGUUAGGCCAACCUAUGCUGAGUAA